AUGGACAAUAAAGGUUACACAAGAGAGCAAACAGGAAUAAACCUCUUAAAUGAUGUUGGCAUUGGGAGAGGAAGCACAUCACAUCGUAUCAUAGACACGGCAACGGAGCAGCGAGGCAGAAGAAUCCUUCGAGAAGAUAAUAACCCAAAUAUUUUCCUAUCACAGGUGAACAACAAUGGUCUUUUGUCAUUUGAUGCAGCGCUUGGGAGUAGCGCACCACAACAUUUACCCAUUGCCACACCAGGGCCAUUCUUAGCCCCGUUUUGGUCUGAUGUGAAUAAUGAAAUUUCGGGGAACAUAUAUUACCGUCUCAGCAAUGAUUCAAAGCUUCUUAAUAUAACAAAAAAUUACUUGUCCAGAUAUUUCCCAGCAGUUCGCUUCUCACCAAAAUGGGUUUUUGUGGCAACAUGGGACAAGGUUCCCUAUUGGAAUUCCAAAACAAACAAGGUGAACACAUUUCAAGCUGCUCUGAGCACAGAUGAGAACACAACAUUGAUCUUAUUUAAUUAUGGUGAUAUUCAGUGGCCAACAGGCAAAGCAAAUGAAGGUCCUCCUGCUCUGGCCGGAUGCAACGGUGGACUUAAUAAAGGGUACUUUGAAAUCCCAGGAUCUUUAACUGCUAACAUGAUCAACAUAUUGCACACAAAAAAUGUCAACUUUCCAGGUUUGUUAUUCAAAGUUGACCAGGUACAGGUUGAGUUCCCUACUAAUAACACAGAUAAAACUACAUCACCUACACCUACAAAGACUUAUUUCACGUCUCAGAAGGUGACAGAUCUCCCCUUGACUAAUUACACCACACACAAUACAAAAGUGACAAGUCCUAGUCUGGGUUCAAGUUCCGGUGCAACAACAAUAACCGUGCAAAAUACAACAGUUGUUGCCACCAGAGUACAUGGUCAACAACAAUUUUAUCCUGUGGUUGUCUACGCCCCAAUAUUAGGUGGCUUACUUCUGGUAAUGGUAAUCAUUCUUCUGCUGUUUAACCACUUCAGCUCCAGACCAUGUUGUUGCUGCCCAAUGUUUGUGCCACUUUUUGCGAUUCGGCGCCGCGUCAGUCGUGACAACGACGUGCGACGUGGCUCCCAAAUAAAAUCGGAGAUGUCACAAGAGAUGAAGGAAAACCAUCCAAAUGGGGGCAAUUGUUCUGAUGUCAACUGCCUAAGAUGGGAAUUCCCUUCACUUUCCUCUCAUUUCCUCCAGAAUGGAAAGUAA